AUGUUCAAAAUAGAGUCAUAUGUGACUCCUAUACUACUCAGUUAUGUGGACAAAUAUGUGCGAGAUUUCAAACCAGCUGAUGCACAGGUGUCACUAUGGGGCGGUGGGGUGGCGCUUCACAAUCUGGUCCUCAAGGCAGAUGUACUACAGCAAGAAGUCGCAUUACCAUUCACACUUGUCUCUGGUCGCAUCCAUGAGCUCCUCAUACAGGUGCCAUGGACGAAGAUUAUGUCAGAACCCAUUGUGGUUACAAUAGACACAAUUGAGUGCGUCUUAAGUUUGAAUCCACCGCCUACUACUGAUGAAAGCCCACCUCCAGAGUCACCCAGUCGCAAGACGCAGGUGGUGGAGGCGCCCCCUGGGUAUAUGCAGGCGUUGGUGCGGCGCAUCGUCAGCAACAUAGCGCUCCGUGUGCACCACCUUAUUGUUAAGUACGUGCAGGAUGACAUCGUGCUGUCGCUCAACGUCAAGCACCUGGCAGUCGACAGCGCUGGUAGCAACUGGGAACCGGCAUUCGCAGAUAUAGAACCAAAUGAGCCGGUGAUUAGGCGGCUGGUAAGAUUGGACGAUCUGACACUGUGCCUCGACCGUGCCGAUUCUGAUGGUAAAAUACGCUUCUACCAAGAGCCAUUGUUGUACAGGUGUCAGCUGGAUCUCAGGGUGUUAACGCGGCUGGUGUCUGCCAGCACCCGGCGAGCCAGCAGCCUGGGCGUGCAGGUGCGGUCGUCGCGCCUCGCGUGGGGCGUCACCGGCGAGCAGCUAGUGCUGCUGCUGCGUUUGCUGCGGGAACGCCCCGCCGAUAACACACAACCGCCGCCCGCGCCGAAACUGAACGUCGUACAGUCUACACCGUUACAUGUGACGGCAUCGAAGUCAGCGGAGCCCGCACGACAGGGGAGCUGGUCGGAGUGGGCGUGGUCAUGGCUGCCCACGUGGAUCGAUCGCGAGGGUGUGGAGGAGGCGCCUCUGCCUGCUACACCCACACCCAUAUUCCUCACCGCUUAUUUGGAUGACAUCUCGUUUGUUUUUAAGGUUAUGGAAGCAGACAGUAGUACAAAGAAACGCGCACGCGGUGUCCUCGAGUUGAGCGCGUCUCACGCCGCGAUCAAGAGCAGUAUGUGUGCCCCGACUGUAUUCCGCAUGCGCUUGGCUGCGCGCGCACUCACACUCAGCUCGCACGGCAGGUGUACGUGCGGACACCAGGAUUCAGCUAAUAAAGAAGAGCCAAUAAUAUAUCUAUGUAAAAGUCAAACCGAUGAGGAAGAUGGAGCGUGGAGCUGGCCAGAGGAAGAUAUGUACGAUGGCAAGGUGGAGACGGCUGAGGCAGUAGAUGAGGGCUAUCAGGAAUCGCCUGAGCACACCUCGUCUCAGUUCCGAUCUAUGGCGGAACCAGCACACGAAUCACAGCCGCUAGAACAGAUCAGAAUACCUGACAGACAAGAACCUGAUGAAGAUAACGAUUUCUGGCACAAAAUGGCGCCCGUGCUAAGCGUGGACUACAACCACGAGAGGUCGUCACCGCAAUUACACACCAACCCUUAUGACAACCCGCCACUAGAUUUUCAGUAUAGUGACUGGGUGGAGUCGUCCAAUAUGCGAAUCGUGUUGGAACCAGUCAAGUUUCGCCUCUGCAUGGGACUUAUACACCGGUUGAAUGCUGUAAAUAUUAUAUUCAAGGAACUCCCACCAGUGCCGCAAGCGGAUUUACCGAUGCGUGUAUUAACGGUGGAAGAGUGCGAAGCCCUAUCCGACAACCUGCCUCAACGGCGGAUUAAUAUAGAAGCGAGAGGACUACAAGUACGUGUCCACCCGUGGGAUCACUCGCCCCACGAUCGUCCCAUGACAAAACCCAUUGUACUAGAUCUGGAACUGCCAAACACUACCAUUGGGAUCAAUGGACCUUUAUAUCCACACAGGGUCUGCUCCGCUGCAUGCCAGAUGCCCGAGGAUAGCGGUCCGCUGUGGCAGGGUGCUCGUCUGCACAUAUCCGCAUCAGUAACGUCACUAGAAGCGCGCAUAAACUCUCUAGCAGAAUCUCAGCGCCGGCCUUGCGCGCACGCAGACUUGCGCAUACUCCUACAUAUACUGCUGAAUAAAGAAUUCUUUACGAAACGGGAGAGCGUUCAAUUUAGUUAUUCAUUAAAAAUACGUGAAGCAAAAUUGUGCGGGUCGUCUGCACGGCUGCAGGCUGCGUACCUCGUGCCCGUCUCGCUCAUUCGGCAGACGGCUUCCACCGCACUACGGUACACUUCGCUCGCAAAGGACGCAUUACACGAUUCCGAGGCCGUGGCGAUGGACCUGACGGUGGAGGAGGUGUCAAUGCGCGGGUACACCACCCGUCACGUGAACACGCACAUACUCUCCGUGCAGUCGGCCCGCGCAACCGCGCUUCAUGCACCCAAAGAUGAAGAUGUUAAACAGGCUUGGAUCUUCUCUGCGCCGGACGUGCCAACGACGACGCCGUACCUUCGUUUCGCUCUACAAUGGUGCUCGCAGGCGAUCCCUAACUCUUUGGACUACGUGGGAAUGUGGACGGAACCCACUGCGGUAGCCAUCGACCCGCUCUUCAUCGCCUGGCUCGCAUACAAACCGACCCUGAAAUCUAAUAUAGAAUCUCAGUCAACUGUAUUCGCCACUAAAACGAUUUCAACGCAAUACUUUUUGAGACGUCGUGUCACUCCACCUUCGUCGAGUGGUCGUGGCGCUAGCAGGGCAGGAUCGGGAGGUGCAGAGUUAGUACAUGUGAGGCCGCGGAGCGUGGGCUCCAGCAGCGAGCCCAGUGAGAAGAAGGAAUCUAAAAUACCACUACAGGUAACAAAAAACGUGGAGCGAUUGUGGAGUGGGGAGCGUCUGGUGCGCGCCCACGAGCGUCUCCGGCACAUGAUGGUGAGCGUGGAGCUGGGACUGGUGGUGGUGUACGUGACUACGCGUACAGCUUCCGCGCUUGACUGUGCCACGGUACGCGAUGCGAUGGACAGGCACGCUGAAGAUGAUCACCAUGUCAUCGCGUUCAGUCUCGGUCGCCUGUCGAUGCACUCGAGCUCCGUGACGAAGCACUUGUGGCAAGAUAUAAGACACGACGGACCCACAUUUGUAAUAAGGAACGUGGAUUACAAUCUGGACGAUGAUGAAUCAUUCCCGUGGAAGAUGAGGUUAGCUGAUGUCUCGUGUUACACGCUGGCGGAACGGUCGGCUACUGAGGAUGCCACCCGUGACAAAAACAAGGUUAGCGGGCUCCGCUCGCAGAUCAAGAUGACCGGCGUGACACCGAGGACAGUGCUCGAACUGGUCACCACCACCGUCACGUUGUCAGUCGUCACUAAGUCGCUACACAUCAAGACAAUGACCAAGAAGGAACAUAAGAAACACGCCGAGCAGGCGGCGGAGGAAGAGAGAGUAAAAUAUUUUAAAAGUGGCAUGGACUUCAAGCCAGCGACUCUGAAAGAGUUUGUUCGUGGACCAGCCAAACGCAGAAAAUCAAGCCCAGAGCCGGAAUCAAAGCCACAACAGCCACCUUCUAUGCCCACGACUGUUGCCACUGGGCCGGUGGUAUCGCUGGGUGUACACGUGCAUGCUGACACACCACCUAUCAUCGUUAGAUUAGACUACGACCAGGUCCAAAUAGUAGGAGCUGCUCUGCACUGUUUCAAGCAUAUAUUGACGUUGCUGCAGACCCCAGCGGUAUCUGCGAGGCACGCAUUCACUACGGCGGGAGCGUCUCAUCGCUCGCUUAUAAGAUCCGUGUCAGAGUUGGAAGAGCAGAAUAGUCAGUCGGAGGAUACGCCCAGCGAGAACCGCUCCGAGCUUAUAUCUAUUUUUGAGACGCAGUCCGUUCAACAAAAGCCUGUGAACAUGAAGACGUUCUUCUGGUUGCAAUGGGUUGUGAGCCGCGCCACUCUGGUGGUGUCCUCGCGGCACGUGAAGCUAGCAUUCGACAUUGAUGACGUCAUCUCUACCGUCGACGUCCAACAGCACUACAAUCAGAUCAAGAUCAAACUAGCAUCCGCCUCUGUGCGACAUUACGAACGUACAAGCAGCGACGAUUGGGCCGCUGGGGUGCUUCGUGGGCGUGUGUUGGAAGCGCGGGAACCUACAGACGCGAAGCAAGACAACCACUUCCUCGCGAUCACCGUCACACAAGCACAAAUAUCGAAUCUACCGCCUAGUUGGAAAGAAGAAUUGCACCCGAAGUUACUAGAGAAAAAAACCAGUGCGGACAGCAUGUGGGAGAUUUAUGCGACACUAGCGCCGUUGGAAGUGGUGGUGCGGCCGAGCGUGCUUGAGAACAUCGUGUCGCUUGUGCAUCAGAUGUGCCCGCGGUCCUACUGCCCGCUACAAGCGCAAGUGGAACCCAGAGUUUCAACGUGGCAGUGGCCGUUCUGCUACAUCACUGCCGGCGGCUUGCGUCUCCUCGUCACCGCUGAGGAUGAAUACAAAGAGAACGAUGACACUUUUAUGUUUGUGGUGGGGAAGAUCACGGUGAACCCGCACCCGGAGAAUCCUAUUUGCAGACGCACAAUCAAUGCCGGCGCCGAAAGCGGUUGGCUCGGCAGCGGUAGCGCGUACGAGGGUCGCCAGUACGAAGUGUUGGUGAACAAUGUUGCCAUACGUUCCGCGCAGUUCAGCCAGUUGGUCUUCCAGGAGACGAGCGAGUCGGAGAUGAUGAAGGGGACCGGCGGUGAGAAUCCAGCUCUGAAGUGGAGUCAACCAAUUGUGUCCCCCAACAUUACGCCCAUGUUGCAUGCUGUGGACAUCGGAUGCGUUCUGGCGCCCGCUGUGUACUCAAGCGGUGUACUCACGUGCGGCCCUGCCAUCGAACUGAAUCUGUUGACGGACUGCUCGGUGGAGCUAAGCGUCGGCCAACUGAAGCUGCUACACACGGUUGCCGUCGACAUCACAGCAGCUCUGAACAAUUACAAGUACACGGGAUUAAUAUUCGAGGAAGAGAAGCCGGGUGUGUGUCCAUAUGCUCCACUGCUGAUGAACCGCGAUCUGACGGAGGACUCGCCCACACUCCUCUCGGAUUCAACACUCACUGAAGAAACAACGAAAACCCUAAGUGAUAUGGGUCAAAGUGUACAAGCUGAUUCUGGAGUGGACACAUCCAAUUCUACAUACAAGUCGAGUCGCAAUACCGAGGAUGCGCCGCUCACCAAGAAGUCCGUCUCUAUUGCUUUUGUGGAACAUACGGCUGACGUGUCAGAGUUCAUGGAGGUGUUCGUAACGAUGGGCAUGAUCGAGUUGUCGUUGUAUGUUGCUGAUGACGACAGCCCCGAGGUGAUAGCGCUAAGGCCGCCGCAGGUACCUCCCGCACCACAGUCGGAGCCUGUAGUUCAGGUUCCUACUGAGGAGAAGAAGGAGCCAAGUGUUGCUGCGGACGACCUCGGUGAUUCUCAGGGCAGUAGAAGUCUCACGGAUACUAUUAGGAACGCGGAUAUUGGCAAGACUAAACUGGAGGUAGCGGCCAUGAUGCCGCACGUGAGGAAGGCGGAAGGAAACCUGCCCCUACUCCACAUGACGCUGUAUCAACCGAACCUUUACUACUGGAGAAGAAAGAACCAGAAGAGUCUUCAGGUGUCAGUGUUCAACGCGUGGCUCGGGCUGGGCGUGGGGAGGGCGGAGGGCCAGUGGCAUGCGGUGCUCGUGUCGGCGGCCCGUGGCGAGCCCGACCCCGUCACGGACGUGCCGCCCGCACUCGCCACCGUCAACGUGAUGGUGCCUACCACCGGUGGAUAUACUUCAAGCGGCAGCGGACGAGGGUCAAUCCGUCUUGAUGUCGAGCGGCCAGUACAAAUCGAAGUGUCCGAGGACAGGCUGCGUCGCAUCAAGGGUAUCUUACAACUUGUUGAAAGCAGAGUGACAAGUUCUAUGGAGGAGUUUCAAACGCCUGUGGUACAACUGCCAUUUCUGUAUAAACUACGACGUUUCAUGGUACAAAACGGUAUUGAGAGUAUGAGAGUGGAGACGGGCCAGGUGUCGGUGUGUGGUUCGGAGGGGGCUGCAGGGUGGGAAGCUGCGUGCGCGCAAUUGGCGGCGGGUGCUCGCCCGGAUCGUGUCCAUGCGCGUCUGUUGCUAACCGCACCGGCUGUGGCUGCCGGCCCGCCCGGAGACCGUCGCAGAAUACUCCUGCAUCCGCUCAUGAUAGGGGCGGAACUUCGAGCGACGUGGGAUUCAUGGCGUCGCACAGAAGGCGGACAGACUGCGUGCGAGCCCACUAUAAGACUUAACCUGGAUUUUGACCGUAUCACCAUAGAUAUACGGCCGUCGGAUCUCGCAGCGUUGAAUAAUAUACAAAAGACUAUCCACGAUUUAUUCGGGAGGACGGAGCAGCCAUCGCCACCGUCUCCGUCAAGGAGCGAUGACACAUUAUACCGCGUCCGCACAGACGGCACGCCCUCGCACUCCGUGCCCAACCUGAGUCCACGUUCGUCUUCCGUCGCAUCAGUGGACGUCGAUGCCGGCGACCAUUACUACAAGGAUGACCUAAGGAGUGGUGCAUUCAAAAUAGUGGGCGGAGGUCAGCUGCCGAUGGCGUAUCAAGUUACGGUGCAUGGGAACGCUGUAUCCUGGCGGUAUCCUCAUCCUAGGACCAUCACGCGGAUCGUUAUUUUCCCCAUCCCUGGACAGGACACGGAGACGGAAUGCGUGCUGGAGCUGUACAGUCAGACCCUGGGAUGUUGGCAACCACAUACAUACUUCGAGCUGCCUGUCAGCGAGCCCAGAGAGUUGAAGUUGUACGUCGCGCCACCUGAUGCUGUGUUCGCUGUUAUGUGGCGAGUACGCACAUGUAACCAGGUAUCGGACAAGACUGUACCAUUCGAAUUCAAUCUAACCAAGUUCUUGCCUAGAGCCGAUCCUUUGACAUGCGACAGUCCAAACGAGUCGCCGGCGCGGACCUCUUGUCGUGCGAGCGAUCCGACAGCGGAACAGUUGUCGGGCGUGUUGCGGGUGGACUCGUACUUCGCGCCGCGGCUAUUACCGCAAGCGAAGCUCUCGCUGCGAGUAGUCGCUUUCGAGCUGAACCUACAUAAUUCGUUGCCAGCACUCACUAGUCAAGCGACAGCGUUGGAAGGCUACUACGUGUCUCGGCCGUUGAUGCGUUCGCAUCGCGUGCUGACUUUAGGCGCACGUGAUUUGAACGCUCAUGCUCACCUAGGUUCGCCGGCUGGCAUCAUGUUCCUCCUUGAUACAAAGCUCGGGAGCAGCAUCCUUGACAGUGCUACGGGUACCAUCGAAGAACUAGUGGAGGAGUUCCGCAUGCAAGCAGCCAUGUCGGUGGGGUCGGCCGGUCCGCGCGUGCGUUGUAGGGCCACCCGCGUCCACGUUCUUUUACACGUACCGCGAGUGCGCACAUUGCUUUCGCUCGCUAAAGAUUGGGAGGACGUUUUCGAAAUGUCUAGUAACGGUAAAACACCACCGGAAGUACAGAUGCAUACUAAAAGAGAAGUGGCGGAGGUUGCAGCCGCUACACUGGAAGGCCGCGUGUCGCUGUGGAUCCACAAUAGCUGCGCGUCUGCACUUCGCAUCGGACAAGAAGGCACUGAUGAAGUAGUACCCCUCGGUCCUGGUGCCAGGCUCGCCUAUAGAUGGCGUAGUCCUACAAGUGCUAAGAGGUUGCGGAUUGCACUCGCGGGUCCCACAGCUGAUUGGCACUGGUCUAACAGCAUCCCAUUCACGGGCGGCAACUCGCGCGUCAAACUCGAGGAGCCGGUGACAACGAGCACCCGCAGUGGGAGUGUACCCGCCGCCGUGAGCGUGCACGUGCGCGUGCAUGAAUCCGGCGCCGCGAGGACCAUGCACCUUGCUGGCAGCCUUACACUCGCCAACAUGCUCCGGCACCAACUCCUCUAUAAGGUGCGCGCACACUGUCCUUCCACAAACCAAUGGCGCAGUGUUUGCUCGGGCGAGCUCGAGUACGAGAGCGUUGGCCGAAGCGUCAUCUGCAACUCUGACUGCGAAAUGGUACUAAAAAUAAAGUUCGCGUCACACGACACCGGCUGGUCAGGUGAUAUUCCACUGAAGGAAUGUCCAAAAGAGAAUGUACCUUGGUUAGUCAAAGUGCCCAGCUCGGGCUCUGUGCCGUACGUGUCGGUGUGGUGUCGUGUGGUGCGCGCUCGCAGCGACGGCCGAGCCCUGGCUGCACUCUGGCCGCUUUACGUGCUGCACUCGCAACUGCCUCUCGAUACAGACGUGAUGGUAGUAACUGACACUGCUGUCUCGUCUACGGAGCUGACAAGUGAACAAACUCAACCACCACCCCUAAUACAGACGGCGCCAGGCCGCGGAUCUAGUACGCAUCUAGUCGCACCCGGAACUACGGCUGCUAGGCACAAGCUCUCAUUUCAGUACAGAAAUAUAGAGUGCCCAGUGACCCGGGAGGCGGUACCGCUCCACUACGGCGUGACGGACACGUCCGUGUUUGACAAACGGGCGCCCGUCAAUCACAUUGAAGAGGUUGUUGAGGAAAUGUAUGAUUGGUUACGUCGAUCAAGUCGCGACGCAAUUUCCACUUGGCCCUAUUCUAUAGUCGCCAAGCAAUGGCCUGGCACUUGGCAGCCGGCGCUGUUACAACCACGCAGUGAUGUCACAGUGCGUUACCAAGCAGUACGCGCGGGCGGCGGAUGCUGUCUCGAGAUUCGUCUCUGUCCUGUGGUGUUGCUCUGCAACGCUUCACCUAUAGCGCUAACGUUACGAGCACACGACGCCGCCCCACUGUGCAAACUCGAACCUGGCACCGCUAUAUCACCGCCCUCGGCUCUACUCAAGAAACCGUUCUUCGUGUCAGUGGAAAUGGGUCGCGAGACGUUUGUGAGUGGUCAGCUGGAGGUUUGCGCAACUGAGCGAGGCCGCUACGGGGCGCCGCCCCCAGGUCAGCUCGCGCUUGACCAUGCCGCGCAACUGGCGGUCCAGUGCAAUCACAAGGUGGCGCUACUUACUAUGUACUACGAGAUUAAGGAAGAAAUAAACGUUCUCGGCGUGGGUUCUACCUACAUGCUGCUAAACAGGCUCGAUAGUGAUAUACUGGUGUCAGCCAUUGCAGUACCAGAGGAAAUCGAUAGUAAUGUAAUUUUACGACCAAAAGCGUUCAAAGUGGUCCAACCUGCAAAAGAAGGAAGCAUCCACGGUACUCCGCUCUGUCGAUUCUGGUUGCGUGGGCGCUGGCGCGGCGGUAAUCCUGUUGAGCUUCGGACGUACAUCUGUCUGGCGCUGGCGAAGAGCGGCGAGGAAAGUUAUCCGGCAGAUACGCCUGUCCCAGUACGACUUGGCGACGAUAACGCGCCAGUUAGGCGAGCCAUAGCUCUAACAGAUGCAAACAACAGAUCUGUACCGGUGGUGGUGACACAGUUGAAGCUUGACGGCCGCUGGUUAAUAGCGGUCGCCCGCGACCCGUGCCCGCAAUUCCUCGUUCACAACCGUACGAGUUGCCCGUUGAUGGUCGCGCAGCCCGUACAAUUUACUGAUGAGCCAUCCACCUCGAAUAUCACUGCGAGCACGGAAUGUGCGGGCACGCGGUGGCGGUGCGUGGUACGUCCCGCCACUAUGAAGCACUACUCGAGUCCGGCGCACUGCGCUCGAUACCCGCCACCGGCGUCACCAGCGCCACCUACCGUCCCCUUUGUCACAUUCGCUAAACUCACAGACGAGGACGUGGAGCCCGAAUGGAGUGCGCCCGUGGCAGCGACGGAGGGCGAGCAGUUGCUGCAGCUAUUCGGAAACCUCACCGUCAAGUUGCGCGUCCGCACGCACCACCACUCCACGCUGCUCGAACUGCAGGACGUCGACCAUAGAGACAUCUCAGCGAGCGACAUCAGAAGAAGACUGCUGGGUCCAUUUUUAACGCAGGACACCACGCAUUUUGGGCAAUCCUUAAAUACCCAUUCAAGAUGUAAACUGGAGAGAAUUGCCGCUGAAGAUAACGUACUAAACAGAUCAGUGCAACAGACGUCAAUGACUACAGCACCCGAACAAGGUACGCUAAGGAUGGCAGUUUCGGAAUUAGAAGGAACAAGCCAGCCGUCCCUCACCGCUGUACAUACAACAGAGAUACUCGUAGUGCCAGAAGUUCGGACACCAGAGGCAAUCGAAGUACUAGAUAUGGACCCCACGAAGACUGUCUUUACAGGGAAUAGUCAAGUGGAACUAGAAACAGAAAGCGGAGUACCAAAAAUCAAUGACGACGAGGCUGAGCGGAAUAUGUCGAGUGUUAUGGGCUCCUCUACCACAUCGCUGACAUUUAACGAUGUGCCAGUAUCAGAAUGGUGUGGUGGAGACGGUACGCAGGCGCAGGUGGAGCGCCUAUGGUGCGUGGUGGACGCGUUGGUAGUACAGAUGGCGGCUGCAGCCGACGCGCGGCCGCUGCUGGCGGUACACGCGGACCGCGCCACGCUGCACGUGCGAGCCGAUCAUAAGAAAACAAAAACGACGCUGUCGAUAUCCGACGUACAGAUAGACAACCUCCAAUACGACAGUGGACAGUUUGAUUUCGCGGUGGUGGCGAGUACGCGCGGUGAACGAGUACCACGGGAGAACUGGCCGCCGCUGUGGAAUAUGUUUGCAGAAUACGAAACGAACCGCGACUCGAACCUACAAGACGUCGCGCGGCUGACGCUAGCUGUCCAGCACGACAAGUGGACCGUCGCCGAUUAUAAGUACAAUGAGUUAACAGAAGUGGAAAUAUCGCUGGGUCCACUAGCACUAUACGUGGAGGAUGCGUAUGUGAGCGCACUAGUGUCGUUAUGGCGACUAGCGCUUCCAGCGACACCGGUCAGCGAUGCGAGCGUGGUACUGGCCGACGAACGAGUGUUGCAGCGCCCGUUGCAACUACGAUCUUUGCACGUGCAUCCGCUAGAUCUGACACUUACGUUGCAUACAGCGGUGCGGAUGUACAUAGCGCUGGACCAGAGCCCGCUGCGGCUGAGCGCGUUCCGUUUGCAAGACAUGAUGACGUCAUCGGAAAGACUUACGCACGCACUCACCGUGCAUUAUCUAUCUGCUGCCAUACUCGGAGCCGGAUGGGUGGUUGGCGGAUUGGAACUGCUAGGGGCUCCGGGUGCGUUAGCAGCCCGAGUGGGGGGCGCCUCUGGGGGCGUCCGUGGGGUGGCAUCAGCCGCUGCAGCAGCGCUGCUCCGCUCUUUAAGCGCGUGGGCAGGCUCGCUAGCUCGGAACCUGGACCUGCUGGCUGGUGAUGAGGAGCAUGCGCGACGUGCCGCCGCCGCCAGGAGACGCCCGCCGCCCAGCUUUGUAGCCGGACUCGCAGCUGGCAUAACCAACUUUGCUAUUAACAUACUUGGUGCAGUGGGUGGUUUGGCGCAUCACCCUCUAGUAGGGGUGGCUGUAGGCGAGACCGAGAGCGGAGCGACUGCCCUCCGACGCGGCCUUCUAGGGGCCCUCACGAAACCGCUGAGUGCGACCGCGGAUUUGGUCGCGUAUGCUGGUCAUGGACUCCUUACGCAAACCGGAUGGGAUCCCGUGCCACAGCCACGUGCUGUGUCGACCGAGAAUGAUCUAAUCGGCAACGCGUGCUGGCGGCGGGACUGUGUACGGUGGACGUUCAGGUUGGCUGAUCUCUCCGCGGUCACCGGCUUCGAGGUUUUACUUGACAAUGCACCGCUACAACUACUAGUCACACAUAAGUUCCUAGUGGUGGCAGACCCGGAAACGGAGCGUAUAGUGGAAAUGAUAGACUUCAGAUUCUGUACCCUGCAUCCAUAUCAGGGACAAAUUAUAGAGGUAAGUAGACGAACACCCAGGAAAAAUUCUUUCCCCAAGUUUGAGCAGUUGUUGUGGAAAAUCACUGUCUGUAAUUCCGUGAAGAUGAGCUCUCAUAUCAGUGCGGCGGCAAUGGCUCGCGUGGCGCGGUAUACCGGCGCGGAAGGCACGAACACGGCAGAAGCUCGCGUACUAGCUUUCCUGCCUGGGCCGGCUCGCUCUUAUGCGUUAUACGCGACGUUAACAAGCGCUAUACACCACAACGCAGAUACGCACUUCUCGCUCUUGUGA